AUGACUAACAACGAUGAAGGGGGAACGGAAACUGAAGAAAACCCGAAAACAGAAUCGCCGUUGAACAAGAAUGAAAUCCUUGAAAAACUGGAAAUCCUUGAAAAACUGGUGGUGGCUGAAACUGAGAAAAUCGCAAAACCACAUAAACGAAAGUUCGAUGAAAUCGCGGAAAAGCUCCAAUCAAUGAAAAGUUCGAUUACGAAAAUGAAUAAAGACGAGAAGAAGGCGAUUUUUGAUGAAUACGAGAAGAAGGCGAUUGAAAAGUCCAGUUUGGCGAAUGUGAGAUUCGGAGGAGAAAACUGA